AUAAUCAUGUUACCAUUGUAAGUUUCUGAGCACAUACAGUCGGUCAAGUCAAAUCGAAAAAUCAGUGUCAAAUGCAGUUGAAUGCAAGUAACUGUCAGGAGUAAGCUGCACUUAUUGGAGAAAGUUUUGAUAGUUUACUGUAGCGACAGAAAGUGUGUCAACUAAUAGCGGCGAAAUAAUUGUGUAUAUUAAUAAGAAAGGGUGAUAAAGAACAUAUUUGUUUCACAGGAACAGUUAAAAUGUCCAAUUCAGUUUCUAUUAGCAAGUGAAUGUGUAGAGAUAAAAAACAGCUGAUAAAUGUUUUAGUUUUCUAAAAUGGAUCCUGAUAAACUUCGUAGCAAUGUCAUAUCAAAUUUAAGGGCGUGUUUAAUACUGGUAAAAGGGAAAUGUGAUUUAAGGCAACUUAAGGCUGAUUAUCAUUCUAUAACGGGGGAAAACAUCCCAUACAAUAAACUAGGAUUUAGAAGUGUAGAAGAAUUUUUAUCGUCAGUUCCCUCAAUUUUUAUUACUCAAUCGGCAAACGGGAUAACGGUUGAAGCGAAAGAAGACGAGAAGACGUUACACAUAGCAAAUCUGAUUGAAAAGCAAAAAAACAGUAAAAAAAAGACGAGACUUAUGCCUGCUAAACAGCCAAACUACUUGUCGAAUUCUAAAAAUAAGUCUGUAGUUUCAAAUUGGAAACCUAAAGUAUUAAAUCAAAAAUGGAAAAACAACCUUAAAACACCUCCACGACAAACAGUUGUAACGCACAAUCAAUUUGUUACACAUCCAAAACAUCAAAAGAGUGAUUUGCCACCCAGACUGGCGAGGCAACGAAAACAAACCGAAACGUUCAUCAUCUCUGAAAAAAAUAAAGAAAAUAAAAAUGAUACGAACAAAUCACGAGAUUAUGAUGUUUCGAAGGGUGAUGCCGUGCUGGCGGCGGCUAAAAGGAGAAUUGUUAAAAACAUGAGCAGUCCCGAUAUGGAUGGAUUUUGCGAAAUCUUAACUUACGACGAUAAACUAAACAACAUUAAAGGUGACUUAGCGCCCCCAUUCAAUAUUAAUACAGGUAAUGUUGUGUCGAGUAAUAAAUUGUUUGAACAAAAUACGUCCGCAACUGGGGGUUUUGCUACAAAAAACCGGAACGAAGAUAAGGAAAAUGGUAGUUUUAAAUCAUCCGGAGACCAUGUGACUGAUUUACGAGAUUUUGCGAGAAAACACAAUUUGGAAGAACCAGUUUUUAAAAUUAUAUCGAGAAAACCAAAACCUAGAACGUCAAAUUUAUAUGAUUGUCAAGUGAAGAUAGCAGAACAGUCAUUCUCUAGUUAUCCUGUAGAUUUUGUUGAUUCGAAUGCCGCGCAACAAUAUGCCGCUAAACUUGCUUUAGACGAAAUCGUCCCGAAAUUUCGCCAUCCAAAAUCUCUGCUUUUAUCAAACGAACAAGACGUUCUAGAAAAAGUACCUCCGAUUGUUAUGAAACAUUACCACGGAAUUUGGAAUUGGCAAUUGGAAGCUGAUUAUAAAGAUAUGUUUCACGAACAAUUACCAAUUAACUGGAUGGAAAUAAUCGAUGUUUUACCGUAUAUUUCGGUGGUGCCUUGUUUAGACAAUAAAUUCGUACUUCGUUAUUGUAAUCCAGAAGAUAUUUUUCAGAAAGGUGUUAAUCACAUGACCGCGGUGUCCAUGAUUUCUGUUCCCUCUAGUUUCGUUAAAUUCGACGACGACGGCAUGCUCAUGGCCGAUGUCACUUGUGUCGUUAGCGCCUCGGAAGUUUGGUGCAGACAAGUCGAUACGGACGAGGCAGAGGAAUUUGCUAAAAUGAUAGCGAGAUUCGAUGAUUUCUAUAAUUCAUCCACAAACGUAUCCAAACCGAAUGCAAUAAGUAUUGGCGGUUUUUACGUUGCCCUUUUCGAUAAGAACUGCUGGGUACGUGUAAGAGUACUAGAUUUGUAUGACGAAGAAGUGAACUGUUUCUUCAUCGACUACGGUGACGAGUGUUUAAUUCCCAAGUCAAAUAUUUUUCAAUUGGAAAGAGAAUUUGCCAAGGAACAAGCUCAGGCGUUCCUGUGUAAGCUAGCCGGGCUGGAACCGCUCGAAGAAGCGUCACUUCAUUCUGAAAGUCUUCAAAAUUUGGUAGGGCUUCGGGUAAACGUUCAAUCGGUUGCAAACACUGACGAAGUAACUGAAGCAGUCAAUCCGGCUAUUUCCGUUAUUAUGUAUGACCUAUCUUCCGGUGCAGUGGUCAAUGAACAACUUAUUACUUCAAUUACAAUGGAAUCUGCAUCGCCAACGUUACAGAAGGACGUUCCUACGGAAGUUUACGUUUCAUACGUGGCGAAGAAUGGAGACAUUUAUGUCCAAGUGCAUUCCAAAGGAUUCCACGAACUGCUGAAUAUGCUGGCGAAUUUCAUGAGCGAACUCUCCGAUAAUAAAGUACCUCUUUCAUCUAGAAAAGUUCCCACUCCACAGAGUAGCGCGGACAAGCUAUUUCUAAUACUCUAUAAGAAACAAAGGCUUUGGCAGAGAGCGAAAAUUAUCGAUUGGGCUCCUAAUUUAAAAUUUGCCCAAGUGUAUUUUGUCGAUAUCGGUGAUACGGAAGUAAUUACCGUUUCCGACGAGAUCAUCUAUUCCAUUGAGGAGAUCAACGAUAUCCUCAAUAGAUUUCCAGAACAGGCGAUUAAAGUUCGAAUGGUAUUCGAAAAGUUGACCUCCGACGAAAUUGAAAAAUUAGCCGAUUUUGUCGAAAAAACCGAAAGACUUCUGCCUCUCUGUCAACCUGUACUGCUAAAGAUUCAUAGUCAGACAAAAGGCGAAACACCGCUGGUCGAAUUUUUCAAGAGAUCAGAGACAAAUGUUCUCUUUCCUGUCAAUAAAUCCUUAGAAAUGAGCAUCGAUUCGCAGAAUAAAAAGAAAAAGUUGGAAAAACUCAUCUCGUUAAAUCAGUUCGAGUACUUAUCACUUAACAAAAAUGUCCCUUCAAGCGGUUCCCUGAAAUGCCCACCUUUACCCGAAAUUGGAAACUAUUUCGACGUUAAAGUGCCGUGUGCUGUAAAUCCAUGGAAUUUCUUUGUCCAACCGUACGAUUCUCGAGAAAAACUAAACAAAUUAAUGUUCGAUCUACAAGACAGAUACGCCGAUCAGCAAUUUUCCACAUUGUGUAUUGAAAAUGUCUAUCCCGGUGGAAUCUACGCUUCAAAGCAUGACGAUGGCCUUUGGUACAGAACGAGUGUGAUCAAAGUGAUUCAUUCCGGAUCGAUAUCGGUUUUCUAUUGCGACUUCGGAUAUUACGGUAACCUUACCUUGGAUCAGUUGGUUCCGCUACACGAAGAGUUUUUAGAGUUACCGUAUCAAGCUAUUAAGGCAAAAUUAGCCGGAAUCAAACCCAAAUACGACAAGUGGACUACGGACGACUGUACCUACUUUGAAAGGUUAGUUUGCAGAAAAAAUUUGGUAUCGAUCCUAGUUUCAAUCGACAGAGAUGAGCUGUAUAGAUAUGACAACGUUGUCACUUUGAAAUUAAUCGAUACGGCGACAGACGAAGAUGUUUAUAUUGAUAGAGAAUUGGUAGAAAAGGGAAUUGCCGUUGACGCGACAAUAGUGUAACAAAAACAACAACAAGGCAAUAAAAGAAAAGGCUGUUGGUAGUUAAUACCCGUGAAUUUUUUGUUAUAAUAGUUUAUAAGUAUAGUUAAAACUCUCAUUCCACACGUUAACGUUAUAUAAGACUUCUUAUAAGAAUCGCAUGUUUUAUUUAAAAAAUUUUUUUUUUUUAAUAAUGCCUGAACUGAACAUUUGCUAUUAGGUACGCAGUAUUACUUUGUUUUCAAUUGUUUGUCUAAUGAAAGCUUUGCUCAGAAGGUUUAAAAAACAACCAAAGAAUAAUUCAUUGUGUUUUUUGAGCGUAUAGGUUUAUAAUAUUAUGUACUUCCUUCCGUUAAGAUAUUUAUUCAGUUAUUGUAAGGAACAUUCCUUUCGCUUUAUUACUUUUAUUAUUAAACGUUCUUUAAUUCA